GGGAAUAAGAGGCCUAGUUCUCAGAGGCAAGGAUUCCCGGAGCUCUUGAACUGGAGCCCGGCUUCGUGCUCAAGAGAGGCUUGGAGGAGACUACAGCUCCUUCGUCAUGUGCGAGGAGAUAAAGGCAACUGUGCAGAACCACGUGCAGAGCCUGCGGCACAGCAAGGAGGACCUGAACAGGCUGAACCAGGCCAUCCAGCGGCUGGCGGUGCGGGUGGACGGCGCUGAGAGUCAGUCCUGUGAACUAGAGACAGCUAAGGAACGGCUGGAGGGUGCCCCAGGCAGUGCCAAAGGCAAGCUGGCCUGGCUGGAGGCCGCCCUGCAGCAGGCCAAGGAGGACAUGGUGCGGCAGCUGCGGGAGUACCAGGAGCUGAUGGUCGUGAAGCUGGGCCUGGACUUUGAGAUCGCCACCUACCGCAAGCUGCUGCAGAGCGAGGAGCAACGGCUUGGCCUGGGCUCUGGGACCGGGAGCCUGCCUCCCGGCAGCGCUCCCGACUCGGGCCCCGCCCGCCCGCUCCCGCCCGGGGCCGGCCCCGGCGCCCUGGAGACGAGCGCCCCUGGCGGCGGCUGCGCGCUCUGCGGCUCCCCCGGCUGUGCCGGCGACUUCAGCUGCAGCGGCUCCCGCGGAUGUUGAACCCUCCUGCUCCGGGGAAGACAAGCAACCCCAGCUUCUGCCCCCAAAGACUUGACCUUUUUGUCUCAGACGCCCCCUCCCAUGGAACUGGCCCCCACCUCACCUGUCCCUCUUGCCCCACACCCCGGAGCGUAAGGUGUUGAAGCACAGAUUACAGAACCGUGACCGACCCGUCCCCAGUGCGGAGAUAGCCUGGACGCUGGUGCCACUGGGUUGGCCUGUGGCUUACCUGGACCCAGCACCCUGUCCCUGUGAACUGCCCCCACCCCUCUUUUCCAAGGACCCCUCCUCUGCAAUAAAAUGUUCUGCAGGGGACUGA